UUUUUAUAUAGUAAAAUGCACUCAUUUUAUAGACAUGUGUUUGCAGUUCAUAAGCUCUGUAUAAUUAACGUACAAACUGCAGUGAAUUACACGAAUUACUCACUUUCGCGUUAUCUACACAUUACUAAUGUUGGCGAGGCGCCGAGUAAGAGAACUAAACUUGAACUCAAACGCCGUCUUAAAGCAGAGCAGAAGGCAAAGGAAAAAGCCGAAAAAGAAGCUAACAAAGUUUCAACAACUGAAAAUGCAAUGAGCUCAGCCGGUGAUAAAAAGAAAUCCGCUGCAGCAGCGGAAGAAGAUAUUUCUCCUAAUGAAUACUUUAAAUUACGUUCAGCUGCAAUUGCUGAACUGAAGAAAUCAAAGGACACACAUCCUUAUCCACAUAAAUUCCAUGUAAGCAUAUCAUUGGAAAAUUAUAUUCAAAAGUAUGCUGGUUUAAAAGAAGGAGAAUCACUGGAAAAUGAACAAUUAAGCGUUGCUGGACGCAUACAUGCUAUUCGAGAAUCAGGUGCAAAGCUUAUAUUCUACGACUUGCGCGGCGAAGGUGUAAAACUACAAGUUAUGGCCAAUGCUAAGUUAUACAAAAACGAAACAGCGUUUGAGACAGAUACGGGCAAGAUACGACGCGGUGAUAUUAUUGGUAUCGAUGGUUACCCAGCCAAAACUAAAAAAGGAGAAUUAUCUAUUGUUCCCAAAGAAAUUAAAUUGCUGUCUCCUUGCCUUCACAUGCUUCCCCAUUUACAUUUUGGACUUAAAGAUAAAGAAACUCGUUUCCGUCAACGAUAUCUGGAUUUAAUACUUAAUAAUAAAGUGCGAGAAACGUUUCAAAUACGUGCAAAAAUCAUUUCAUAUGUAAGGCAAUUCCUCGAUGGCUUAGGCUUUCUCGAAAUUGAAACACCUAUGAUGAAUAUGGUAGCUGGCGGUGCUACUGCAAAACCUUUUAUAACACAUCACAAUGAACUCAACAUGGACUUGUAUAUGCGAAUUGCACCAGAAUUAUAUCAUAAAAUGUUAGUAGUUGGAGGUUUAGACCGUGUUUAUGAAAUUGGUCGACAAUUUCGCAAUGAAGGCAUUGAUUUGACGCAUAAUCCGGAAUUUACUACUUGUGAAUUUUAUAUGGCCUAUGCAGACUUUCAAGAUGUUAUGGAUUUAACAGAGCAGAUGGUAUCAGGAAUGGUAAAAGCUAUUCACGGCACAUAUAAAAUUAAAUACCAUCCAGAAGGACCAGAGGGUCCUGAGCAUGAAAUCGAUUUUACUCCUCCUUUUGCUAGAGUUUCUAUGAUUAAAACAUUAGAAGAAAAACUUAAUGUCAAAUUUCCACCGGCCACAUCUUUUCAAACUAAAGAAACAAACAACUUUUUAUCGCAAUUGUGUAUAAAACAUGAAGUUGAGUGCCCAGCACCGCGUACAACCGCAAGGCUGUUAGAUAAAUUAGUAGGUGAAUUCAUUGAAGAAACUUGCGUUAAUCCCACAUUUAUUUGUGAACAUCCACAAAUAAUGUCACCUUUGGCUAAAUAUCAUCGUAGUGAGCCAGGUUUGACAGAACGAUUUGAAUUAUUCGUAAUGAAGAAAGAGGUUUGCAACGCUUAUACCGAAUUAAACGAUCCAGCAGUCCAGCGGGAACGUUUCGAACAACAAGCUAAUGAUAAAGCUGCAGGUGAUGAUGAAGCGCAAAUGGUAGAUGAAAAUUUCUGCACUGCACUGGAAUAUGGUCUGCCACCAACAGGCGGUUGGGGUAUGGGCAUUGAUCGAUUAACUAUGUUUUUGACCGACUCAAAUAACAUUAAAGAAGUACUACUGUUCCCAGCAAUGAAACCCGAUGACCCAAAUCGUACACAUCCAGCUGAACUAAACAACGUUACCGAAAAUUAAACUUCUCAUAUUUUUUUUUUCAUUUAUAUAUUUUUUAUUUAAAAGUGUGCUUUCUAAUUUAUUUAAAUCUGUUUUGUUUAAAAUUGUAUAAAAUAUAUUUCAUUCUCAGUUCUUAUAUAAAUUAUUAUAUAUGAAAUAAUACAGGUCCAGUUAUUACUU